GCGAGGCAGGAGCGAAAAGGAGGGGGGGCCUCUGAAAAGAUGGCGGCUGCUCCUGCCGGUGUGGGCCGCCUCGAGGAAGAGGCGCUGCGACGGAAAGAACGACUAAAAGCUCUCCAGGAGAAAACUGGGCGCAAGGACAGGGAAGAUGGGGAACCACAGACCAAGCAGCUCAGAGAAGAGGAAGAGGAAGUUGGGAAGCACAGGGGCCUCAGGCUUCGGAACUAUGUCCCAGAGGAUGAAGACCUGAAGAGGAGGCGGGUUCCCCAGGCCAAACCAGUUGCAGUGGAAGAGAAGGUGAAGGAGCAGCUGGAGGCUGCCAAGCCAGAGCCUGUCAUAGAGGAAGUGGACCUGGCCAACCUGGCACCCCGGAAACCUGAUUGGGAUCUCAAGAGAGAUGUGGCCAAGAAGCUAGAGAAGUUAGAAAAGCGGACCCAGAGAGCCAUUGCAGAGCUGAUCCGUGAACGGCUAAAAGGGCAGGAAGACAACCUGGCCUCUGCAGUGGACGCCACCACCGGACAAGAGGCUUGUGACUCUGACUGAGAUGUCCUCUGCGUCCCACCUGUUCAGACACUCAUCCUGUGGGAGGGUAGGCUCAGCAGGGAUGGGGUUAGACUGGCCAGCACUUCUGGGUCUUGAGAGCCGAGCCAACCCACUGAGUCUCAGCCUCUGUUGGCUGUGACCAGUUCAUCUCCCAAGGGUGCCCACCCGGGGUGGGUCGAAGCUGAGAUCUGUACAUAUGUAUGUAAACGGAGCUUUUUAACUUUUAAAAAUAAACUCCAUUUAGUAGAGG